AUGACUCAAUCGCUGCCUUCAAAUCCGGUGGUGAGUUCCGAGAGAUCAACGAUUCGAAGAAGAAGGAAGAAGAAAAUCCAAAGCCAAAACCAUGGAGGUAAUUUGAAUAAUAAUCAGAAUCAAAAUUCUGUUAUCGAAUGGAAAUCCGAAUCUCAGCAACAAAUUUAUUCAUCAAAGCUGCUUCAAGCGCUGCGCCAUGUCCGACACAACGGCCCACAAGCUCAAGCCACCACUCCUAAGGGCGGCCGAGCUGUCCGUGAAGCCGCUGAUAGAGCACUAGCCACCACUGCCAAAGGCAGGUCACGCUGGAGCCGCGCGAUUCUCACGAAUCGGCUCAAGCUCAAGUUUCUAAAGAAGAAUAACAUCACCAAACGGCAGAAAAAUGUGAUGGUGGUUACCACAGGGAACAGCCGGCCGCAUAAGAAAUCAAAAGUGAGCGUAUUCCGUUUGAAAUCGAAGGGUUUACCUGCGGUUAACCGGAAAGUUCGCGUUCUUGGCCGAUUGGUUCCCGGUUGCCGAAAAGAGCCUUUGCCGGUGAUUUUAGAGGAGGCUACUGAUUAUAUAGCCGCUCUUGAAAUGCAAGUCCGAGCCAUGAGCGCUUUGACGGAGCUGCUUUCUGUUUCCAGCGGCGCUUCUUCUUCUUCCAGCUCGGCUGCGGCUUCUGGUGGUCCUAUUAAUCAGCCUGGCUCGAGCCAAUCUCGCCCUAGCUAA